AUUAUUUGCGGUCUAACCUAACUUAAUCUUGCUGUCAAAAUACCCAAAAUACUGAAUAUUUCCAAGGAAAUUAUUAUUAGCAAAUUUAAUUGCUGUUAUUUCAAGAAUUGUGUUUUAUUUCGUAAAAUAUCUAAAGAUCUAAUAAUUCUUUAAGUGUAAACAGUGGACACAGCGAAUUGAAUUCUACUUAAGAUGUCAAAUGAAGAUCCAACAUGUGUCUUAAAAAUGCUGAAAGACUUAAGAUCUGGAACGGAUGCUUACAAACGUAGCACCGGAAUUCCACUGCGACUUUCAAGUGAUUUGUCGCAGUCAAGGACCAUUAAAGAAGAUGAAGGCAGAGCAUCUCCGAAACGUGCAAAAUUGGACGAUUCUUUUAAUUCCUCAUCUACUGAUCUAGUUCCUAAGAGUCCCUGGGAAUGGAGACGUUUAAAGGGCGAAAUGAUUUCGUUAAAAGCUCGAUUAUCUCACCAGGAAGCGACGGUUGAACAAUUACAUAAAUUACGUCGUGAAAUGGAGGAAGUUUUCGAUAAAGAGAAACAUAUUUUAGAAUUGCAAAUCGAUCAAGACAAACAGGUCAUUAAUCAAUUAGAAUUAAGAAUUGAUGUUGGCAGACGAAAUUUACAGGAAGCACGCGACUCACAAGCAACGGCCGAAAAGGAUUUACUUCAAGUUAAAUCUAGAUUAGAACAUGAAAUUGCCGCUUUACAAGACGAGAAUUCCGAACUCAUGAGAGAAUUGAGAGAAAUGACCGAGAGAGAAUCUUCAAUGUCACCAGAUAAGAACAACGACGAAGUUGAAGAGUUGCAAUUAAAAUUAGAAAUUACCGAGAGUAGGGUAAUUGAACUCGAGGCAAAAUUGAAAGAAUCCACUGGCACCGAGCAGGAAAUUGAAUUGCAAAAAGUUGAAAUACAAAAUCUAAAUAAUAAAAUUGAAAGAUUAGAAGGGGAACGUGGACUUUGGGAGGAAGGAAUGCAAUUGGUAUCAAAAGCCGCCAAGGCAGCUGAUCUUGAGAAGGAAUUAAAUUUAGCGAAGGAGACAAUCGCCAAUUUGCGAGAAUCCGUCAGGGGGAAAUUAAUUCUUGAAGAGCAAAUUUCGACCCUAAAUCAACGAAUGGAACGAAUGGAGCAAAUGGAAGAGACGGUCUCCCAAUUUCAAGUAAAAUGCAUCGAAUUAUCAGAUCGUCUCUCGGAAUAUGAAUCAAUUGGAUUUUCCGGCGGUCCCGCUGUCUUGAAACGAGAACUGAAUCGGCUUCAACAAGCGGAGGCGGUUUUAACCUCAGACGAAGGUCAACUUCGAUCUAAAGUCGAAGCUUUCGAAAGAAAAUGUCAAAGUCUUCAAGAAAAAUGUGAUGAGACGAAAAAACUCCUCUCGGACAAGACAAUAUUGUGCGAGAGAAUGACGAAACUAAUAAGUAGAACGCAGAAGAAAAUGAUGCUCAUCACUAGGGAGAGAGACAGCUAUCGACAACAACUUGAUCUUUACGAAAAGGAAGUUACAAUUUCCGAUCCAAAUAAUUUGAUGGCUGAGCGAAUACCUUCACUCGAACGUGCUCUGGAGGGUUAUAGGGAAUUAGUCGCCAGAUUGGAGACCGAUUUAGAGGUUAUCGAUUCCGGAAGACAGAAAGAAGAAUUCAGAAAAUUGCAAGACGAGGUUGAGAAAUUAAAAGGAGAACUCGAACAUCGUGCUUUGAAAGGUGAUUUUAAUUGUAAUUCACGAAUUUUACAUUUUCGCAUGAAUCCCCAGGCGGUUGCUGAACAGGAAGCUGAGGAAAAGCAAAAAGCACUUUUACGUGAACUUGAGGAAUUGCGCGCAAAAGACAGUACCGGAACUGGUGGCACUGUCGGAACUUCUUCUCUUCACGCACAAGAAAUAGCAGAACUGAAGCAAUCGCACGAGUUGAAAAUUACACGUCUAAAGGAGGCGUUUAAAUCUUCUACUCAAGAAUUUCGCCAGGCGUGUUAUCAACUGUUUGCUUGGAAAGUUGAUAGAACGAAAGAAGGAAUGUAUAAAUUGUCCAGUCAAUAUGCCGAGUCUCCAGACGACUUUUUAUUCUUUCAAAUGAGUAACGACGGUGUAAAUCUUUUGGAAACUCCAUAUUCAGAAACAUUGGACAAUCUAAUUGAGAGAUAUUUAAAAGUUCAACGAAGUGUUCCAAUGUUUCUCAAUGCAUUACAAUCGGAAUUGUUCGAACAGCAAACUGUAACGGAUAUUUAUUCCGGUCUUUAAAAAAAUCCCCAUAAAAAGAUUAAUGGGAAUGAUAUUAAUUUUGUAGACCUUUUAAUGAGACAACUUUUUCAAAAAUAUAUCAUUUUCCAUCUUAGAAAUAUUUUUGCAAAGGGAAAUAAAAUAAGAGAAAUAUUAAUAUUAUAUUUAUCAUGUUUCGGUUGUUUGGAUUUAGAAAAUUUUAGUUUACUCUAAACAAAAAUUACAUCUAAACAGAAAUAUUAAUUAUUCAGGAAUAAGUAUUUAAGUCUAAGUAAUUUUUAGGCGAAAAAAAAAUAUUCAUCUAAAUAAAUAUUUAAGAUUAUUAUUAAAAAAAAUGUAAAUGUUCCAAUUCACAGUGAAUUGAAAUAGUUUUAUUUAUUGUCAUUUUAGAACAUUUUUUCGAAAAAAAAAUGUCAUAAAAGUUGUCUUUUCUAUAAUUUUCAUAAAACAGUUGCAUUCUGCUCAAAGUUAUUUUAAAGAUAAAUUUGAAUGUCUUCUACUUUAGCAACGUGUAUAUUAUAUAAAAUAUUUAAGUAAUUUUUGUAAAACACGCAUUAUAGAAAUCUUCGAUUAGUGCAUAAUAUUGAUAUAGUUUUUUUGUAGUACGCAGAAAAAUUCUUAUAGAAUUUUUUUCAGCUUGAAUAAUUUAGAUAAUAAGUUAAUAAUGAUAAUAAUAAUAAUAAUGAUAAUAAAAAUA